AUGGCCCCUACCUGGAGAAUAGCCAUGGGCUGCGAUGAAGCCGGCGUUAGCUACAAAAACGCCAUCAAGCGUGACUUUGAAUCAGACAGCCGCGUGAGCGAGGUGAUUGACGUGGGCUCGGGCGAGACGAGCGACAAGACGGCGUACCCGACACGCGCCGCCGCCGCCGCCCGCCUGGUGGCUGAGGGCAAGGCGGACCGGGCGCUGCUCGUGUGCGGCACGGGGCUGGGCGUGGCCAUUGCGGCCAACAAGAUCAAGGGCGUCCGCGCCGUGACGGCUCACGACAGCUUCAGCGUGGAGCGCAGCGUGCUCAGUAACAAUGCGCAGGUGCUGUGCAUGGGCGAGCGCGUUGUCGGCCUGGAGCUGGCGCGACGCCUGGCAAAGGAGUGGCUUGGCUACGAGUUUGACGAGAACAGCGCCAGCGCCAAGAAGGUGGACGAGAUUGAUCAGCUGGAGGCGUAG